AACGAACAGCGGGAAACAAAAAUGGCGAAAAAGAGUUGCAGUGCUCAGCUGGGGAGGGGAACCAAAAGAAAAGAAAAAGCGAUUUCCCCGCUUCACUCUCACUUCCGCUUCGAGUAUGGUGCAGCCUAGCUAGCUAGCCAGCCGCAGCAGCACCGCCAGGCGCCAGCCUUGUUAACGCCCCGACUCCUCUACUCCUUUCUCUCUCGCUUCCCUUUCCUUCGGCGGCCUUUCCCCCAAAAGUCCUCUGCCGAUUAGGGUUUGCCGGACGUAAUAAUGAUUCCUUCGAAUUUCGGUCUACUGGUCUCGCGCUUCAUCUCUCUCCAUCCCGGAGGUGCAGAGUGAAUGGUGUGGAGAUUGAUCCCUGCCAGCCAUUUCAACAGUGAUUUCAAUCAACAUCACUCUACUAUGUUUUACUUGCUUAUUGAAAGGGCUGCCACAGAUAACUUAACCUGGAUUGCACCUGCUCUCUUUCCUUGUUUGUCUCAGCUCACGUUUCAUCAUUCACGGCAAUGACCUAAGUUCAAG